UUGUAAUACACAUACGCCGCCUGCUGCAGCCGCUGCUGCUCAGCUCGUCGCCUUGCCAUCCUCCACGCCGGCCGCGUGUCCGCGACUCCAGCUCCCGAUCCGGCGAAUCCACUCGCCGCGGCCGCCAUGAGCUGCGCGGCGGUGUGCGCUCCCCGCUCCGCUCUCGGCUGCCGCUUCUCCUCCUCCUCCCCCGCGCCCGGCGGCGGGCGGCGGCGGCGGCGGCGCUCCUCCUCCGUCCGCGCUCGCGCUGCGGCCGAGGAGGAGGGCGGAUCGGCCGGUCUCCCGCGGAUGGUGCUGCACGACUCCCUCGACGCCGCGGGGGUCUCCACCGUGCACGCGAGGGCGGCGCGGGAGGGGUUCGCGGCACAGCUGGGGCGGCUCACGCGCGUGGCCGCGGGGACCAGCAUCGCCUUCAGCCAGGGCGCCGACCUCGCCCGCGCCGCGCUCUGCGUCGCCGCCGAGGACGACUCGCUCGUCUCGCACUCCUCGGUCCCGCUCCCCGUCGACGCCUUCGUCGCGCGCCUCGACGACCUCUCCGCCGGCUUCUGCGGCGGCAGGAACUUUCCCCCCUCAGGGGCGCCGCCGGAGGUCUUCUUCGAUUACCUCGACCGCUACCUCUACGUCCACAAGGGGUUUCGAAGAACAAAUGGAGUGUCCGAUGUGCGGGCUAUGUAUCUUCACUCGGUCUUGACAUGCCGAUCAGGAUCAGCUCUAAUGCUUUCAUUGAUAUAUUCAGAGGUGCUGAAGACAGUACAGAUAUAUGGCUUACUGGACUUCAGUGCAGAGAUCUUCUUUCCACAUGAUCCCAAUAGCCUCCCUAGGGGCUAUAACAAACACAGAAGCAAGUUGGGGGAUGAGCCGCAUAUUAUGACUUCAAAGUCACUUUUGGUUGAGAUUUUGAAAACUCUGAAGGGUACAUUUUGGCCAUUCCAGUCUAAUCAGUCUAGUAGCUUAUUUUUGAAUGCUGUUGCUGCAAACCACCACGGCCCUGGUACUUUAGGUGACAAUCAAGCGAGGUCACAUGGCAAUAUAAGUGUCAUAGAGAUGGCUGCUGCUAAAGCUGCUCAGCAUAGAUUGAUGCGUGGGGUGUGGACUAAUGUCCGCUUUGGUGAUAUGCGUCGUGCUUUAGCAGCAUGUGAGCGACUCAUUCUGCUGCAUCAUGAUCCGUGUGAACUGAGGGAUUAUGCCGCCCUUCUGUAUCACUGUGGGUACUAUGAAGAUUGCCUAGAGUACUUAACGUCAUACCAAACAGCCAUGGCUGGUAAGUCACCGAUCACUCCAUGGGACAUCUUGGAGGAUGAAGCCGUAAAUACUCUCAGAGCGCGGGUAAGCCUAAUUUUAGCAGAGGAUGGCUGGAGCAGCCACAGACGACCGGCUGCAAAUUACUGGACCAAAAACUCCGAGCCGUGGUAGAUUAGACAGGCAUUCUUGAUCGUCGUUGUGCCUGAGCUCUGAAGCAAAGGACAUGAGACUGUAUAGCUUUCCGAAACAUGGCUCUACAACUUGUACAUAAAAUGGCCCAUCAGACAUUUGAUAAUCCAUACAUGAUGAGCUGAAUUCCUGA